AUCCCUCAAAUAAACUAAUUUGCAUAUAAAGUGGGAGACGAAUGAGGUAAUCCUUUCUAAUUUGGUGGUGAAUGUAACGUGAAGGAAAAUACACUGCAAAGCAUUAGAAACGUAAUCGUUCGGUGAAAUUUGGAAAAUAUUCGAUAUUAUCCCUUUAAAUCGGCGUGAAUAUUAUUGAUUUAGUGUAAAGGAAGAUGUCAAAGGUAAAAGUGGAAGAAAUAUUUAACUCGGAUGAAGUGACUUUACUCAAUGAUAAUGGAGAAUCUGUUGUAGUAUUACGAGAACGCUUGAUAGAAAAGGGAGGAUUACUGAAUAACUUCAUAAUUGUGUGUCCCAACGAAAGGAAAUUUAUUCUUAAACUGCCCCUGACAUUAGAAAUGCUCAAUGAAUUUUCCAGAUAUUUGGAGAUAAACGUUUUUAACUGCCCUUCUGUGGAUAAAGGAUUCGAACUGUACUUAAUCAGCAAACGUUACUUCAUCAGAGACCUGGAACGAAUGUGUUUAUAUUAUUUCGUACAGUCGAUUCUGCCUAGAAACUUUUGCCGUGUCCACGAUUUGGCAUGCAGUCACGACGAAAAACAGUUGAAAUAUCGCUGUUGGGAAUAUUUUACUACGUCCGAAAAUGACUUAUUCGACACCGACGACUUCAAAUCGUGUGAAGAAACUACCAUGUACAAGUUAUUGAUGUGCUCCUACUUUUACGGGAUGGAUGAAUCUGAUUUGGUGCAUGGACUUCUCGAGUGGGUCGAGCAGAAAUUUCGUAAAUUGAAAAGGAUAAGUGAUAACAUAUCGAAAGGAGACUUAAUAAGACCUUUCCUUCCAUUAAUUAGACUUUUUAUUAUAACACCAGAGUUAAUAGAACGUCUUUUUACCUACAUUACACCAGAUUGCAUUUCGACAAAGGAAGUUGAAUCCAUAAGAAAUUAUCAAACUCAUAAGAAUGUAGCCACCCUUCCAUCAGUUAUAUCUGCUUACUCUGCACAGCGAGAAAUUUUCGAUUAUUAUCCUAUAGUUGUCGGAAACUUUAGGACUACGGAAGAAUUAAAACGAAACACAAGGAUGAAGGUACAUUUUCGGUUUAUGGCCGAUUUGUGGGUUCCUGAAAAUUGUGUUAUAUGUGCAUUUCAACUGCCAAUAAAGCAUCGAAACCAUAAAGGAGUAGAGGUUUUGAUGGGUGUAAAGUCGACCUAUUCACAGGAUUUCGUAUACGAAAGACACGUUUGUACUAUGGAUGGAGUAGUACGUUUUCCAAAGCUGAAAUACUUGAAGAGGGGCAAUUUUCACAUAUUUUUAGUUAAGAUUCCGAAGGAAGAAAUAAAAACCACCUUGAUACAGGUUUUAAAAUGCAGUUGUAGAUAUCAGCCGAUCUACGAUUUCAGAGCUCAGGCUACAAGACUUUUAGAAAAGGAAACAACAUUCAAUUUUGGUAUUUCUCUUACUUUCUAAAACUUGUAAACAUGCUUUUUAUUGGAUAAUUUAUGCAUUUUUAGAACGACAAAUGUUUUCUUUCACCUUUUGUAUAGCUUUAUAUGAUCUUACGAAUAUUUUUCCAUGUGUUAAUGGAGGAAAUACAGUCGACCCCCUUUAACACUUUUGAUUUUUCCGUUUUAUAUGAAUUCCA